GAAGAGAUCCUCCUACCUCGGCCUCCCAAAGUGCUGGGAUUACAGGCAUAAGCCACCAUGCCUGGCUGAAAAAUUCUUUUCUGUACUCUCACAACACUUUUGAUAUCAGAUGUGUGGGAGAUGUGUGGGUUUUCCAAAACCAAGUAAUUCUCCAAUUCUCUAUGGACACUAACUGGAUGUUCUAAAAUUUUAUUUUGAACUAACUACCCAGAGUUAGCACAGACCCCACAGGCUAAGGGUUCAGUCCCACAAGACUGCCCCUACCUCAGAUGCCAGUCACAAGUCCAGGCCUCCCACUCUUCUGACCAACUAGCUGUAAAUUGGGGGUUCCCUUGACCCCUUCCUUGGGUUUGAUACUUUGCUAGAACUGCUCAAAGAAGUCAGAGAAACAAGUUUAUUGAUUUAUUUGAAAGAAUAUAAUAAAAAAUACAGAUAAACAGCCAGAUGAAGAGGUACACAGUGGGAAGUCUAGAAGGGUCCCAUGCACAGGAGCUUCUGUCCCUAUAGAGUUGGGGCAUUUUAUCCUCCCAGCACUUAAAUGUGUUCACCAACCAGAAGCUCUCUGAACCCCAUUAGAGAUAUUUAUGGAAACUUCAUCAUGUAGUCAUCAGUUAUUAACUCAGUCUCCAGCUGCUCUUACCUCCUGGAGGAUGAGAAUGGGGCUGAGUUCCAAGCUCCUAAUCACAGUUGGGUCUUUCUGGUGACCAGCCCCCAUCCUGAAGCUAUCCAUGAACCUACCAAGAGUCACUUCAUUAGAACAAAAGAAUCUAUCACCCAGGAAAUUCCAAGGGAUUUGGGAGCUCUGUGUCAGGAAGUGGAGUACAAAACGAAAUACAUUAAAACAAAAGAUGCUCCCAGCACCCCCCGACCACCAUCACUCAGGAAAUUAUAAGGGUUUUAGGACCUCUUGUAUCAGGAACCAGGAGCAGAGACCAAAUAUAUAUUUAUUAUGUCACUGUGCAAAAUACAUACCUAGAAUACAUUGUUUAUUAAAGCAAAAAAAUUGACGAUAGUUAACUGACUGGAACAGGGGGGAAAUUCGUUUAACCUAUUAUUUCCAGCUAUUAAUAGUGAUAUCACUUUGAAGUUGCCUAAAUUGUUUAUUUUUUCCAGGUUUGAAGUAAAUAAUGGGAAACCACCACAAUUUUUAUACUGCUAUUUCUAAUGAUGUCACUUAUAAGGAACUUGAAAACCUGUUGAAUUCUAAAAAUAUUAUGUUAAUUGAUGUUACAGAGACAUGGGGAAUUCUGGAGUAUCGAAAAAUCCCUGGGUCUAUCAAUAUACCAUUGGAUGAGGUAGGUGAAGCUCUACAGAUGAACCCAAGAGACUUCAAAGAGAAGUACAAUGAAGUAAAGCCCUCCAAAUCUGACCACCUAGUGUUUUCUUGUUUAGCCGGAGUGAGAAGGAAGGCGGCCCUGGACACAGCAGUAUCUCUGGGCUUUCACAGGUGUGUAGAUGAAGGAAAAAAUGGAUGCAUAAAUGUAUAAUGCAAUGUUUCAUAUAUAUUACAUUUUUAUAUGUCUAAGAAUUUCUUGUAAUUAUUGUCAGUAAGGCAGGAUAGCAAAACUAAGGGCUUCUUGUCAUCUUACUCAAAAGCAACACAAUCUUUUACAUAGGUGGAGUCUAAAUUGUAUGGUGAAUAGCCAUGGAAUUAUUUAUCUCUAAAUUUCCUAUCUUCUGUUAUAAAGUACAGAAAAUGUUUAUAGCGGCCGGGCGCGGUGGUUCACGCCUGUAAUCCCAGCACUUUGGGAGGCUGAGGCAGGUGGAUC